ACCCACAGCUCGCCUUCGAGGCCCGAUUCUACCGCAUCCUCAACGCUGGCGGCGGGGUCGUGGGCAUCCCCAACAUUUUGUUCUACGGCGUGGAGGGCGAGUUCAACGUGAUGGUGAUGGACCUGCUGGGGCCCUCACUCGAGGACCUGUUCAGCUUCUGCGACAGGAAACUCUCGCUGAAGACCACGCUGCUGCUGGCCGAGCAAAUGAUUGCGCGCAUCGAGUUCGUCCACAGCAAGAGCGUCAUCCACCGCGACAUUAAGCCUGACAACUUUCUGAUGGGCACCGGGAAGAAGGGGCACCACGUCUACAUUGUCGACUUUGGCCUCGCCAAGAGGUAUCGGGACCCCCGCACGCACCAGCACAUUCCGUACAAGGAGGGGAAGAGUCUGACUGGGACGGCGCGGUACUGCUCGAUCAACACGCACAUCGGCAUCGAGCAGAGCCGUCGUGACGACCUGGAAGGCAUCGGCUACGUUCUGAUGUAUUUUUUGCGGGGCUCGCUGCCGUGGCAGGGCCUGAAGGCACACACGAAGCAGGAAAAGUACUCUCGCAUCUCCGAGCGAAAACAGACGACGCCAGUAGAGACGCUGUGCAAGGGGUUCCCGGCAGAGUUUGCUGCGUACCUCAACUACGCGCGAAGCCUGCGCUUCGAGGACAAGCCUGACUACAGUUACCUGAAGCGGCUAUUACGAGAGCUUUUUGUCCGGGAAGGGUACCACGUGGACUAUGUGUUUGACUGGACGUUGAAGCGCAUUCACGAGAGUCUGAAGGAGGGGGAUGCCGGCCAGCAGGAACCGCAGCAACAGCAGUAG